ACAGCUCCCUCGUCAGGUCUCCCCGGGAUCGGUGUUUUGCAUCGCUCCUCGAUUUGCAUUUCUUCCUCAGAUUUUCCGUGCGACGGGUUCAGCGGGCGCUUCUUCACGGCUCUUUUUUUUUUAAUAUACAUACAUACAUACAUACGCGCGCCUCCAUUUCCACAUCCAUAUACGCGCAAAGAGAGACAGAGAACUAGAGAGAAGGAAACAAAACAUACAAACGAAAAACAAAACAUCUGGAUUUUUAAAAUAAUGUUGCCGAAGCUCCACGACUGGGGAAACUGAAGAGAUUUUUUUACAUUCCCUGCUUUAUCUUCUCUUCUUUCUGGUGCGUACCAGCGGAGCUAGACACGUGUCCUCGGGGUAAACAGAAAGGGCUAGGUCGUGCCAGCGGAUCGCGUUGUUUCUUUCCCUCUGUUGUAGUUGUUGUUUUUUCCCCCCUCCCCUCUCUACUCUGUUUGUUACCGACACACCGGGCUUAAGCUUGGCUACCGCAGAUAUUGCCUAUUUCAUCCGUCGCGCCUUGGUAAAUAAGACGCCUUUUGGAGAUGUCGGAAGUGCUGCCUUUCAACGAAGAGAAAAUGAGUCAUUAUGGAAAUGAGGGCGACGAGGAACACCUUUCCUUCACCUGUCGCCUUCAAGACACCAACAACUUCUUCAACGGCUCACAGAACAAGCGUCCGCCGAAACUCGGACAAAUUGGCAGGAGCAAGCGAGUUGUGAUCGAGGAUGAGAAUGGCGACGAAGCGCUGAAAAACGGAACAGAGAAGACUUCAGGAGAGGCUUAAGGCAUCCGAACCCACCGAAAGACAAUCCAGUUUUUGUUUUUGUUUUUCUAUGGCGAUAUUUACCAGUCCUAAUCCAAAGACACUGUAUAUAAGCACUUUCUCUCAUGUGGCAGCAAGCAAGCACUUCCACGCCCUCCUCCUCUUCCCAGUCUGUCAUGACCAGCCGGAUGGAUGGAUGCACAAGCGCUGGCCAGGAGUGGGAGGCGGCAGCAAAAAAAAGAAAAAGGAGAAAAAAAAAAGUGGAGGCCUCCAGGUGGACCCCCCAUAACACAUUUUACACAAACGCACCCUUGAUUUCGCCAUAAAUCCAGUCACAGGAGAGGAGACUGGGGGAGGAGGCAAGCGGUGGGGGAGCGAGGUGAAGGAUGGAGGCGAUGCUGUCGAAAUGCAGAAAUCAGGGACAGGAUACAGAGGUAGAUCUAUUAUAAUAAACUAAAGCACACACUUCUCCUAUAUCUUAUCAAUCAAACCUUUCUGCUCUUCGUUUUUUUUUUUUUUUUUGACUGAGGGCAAACGAAUACCAGAGUUUUGUAAAUAUGGAAAGGGUAGCCCAUAUUUUCUUGCACAAAGUGAGAACUGGUGAGCUGGUUUUGUUCCGUGUCGACGACUUUAAUUUAUUCUGGAAACCCUGGGGAAUAUGUCUUUUU